AUGGACGACACCUCACCAUCGGCGCGCAACCGCUUCCGCCGCGAUCACCACCACGAAGCUGAUGUGGUCGUCGUGGGCGCGGGCGUGUUUGGGUGCGCGGCGGCCCACGCACUGGCCGAACAGGGCCGCAGCGUGAUUCUGCUGGAGCGGUGGAUGCACGAGCCCGACCGCAUCGUCGGCGAGCUGCUACAACCCGGCGGUGUGGCUGCCCUCCGGACACUUGGGCUGGAACACUGCCUUGAGGGUAUCGAUUCGAUCCCUUGCUAUGGGUACCACUGCCUCUACCGCGGGGAGGAGAUUGCAUUUGAGUAUCCGCCGUUGAGGGAGGAUGGGAGUGUCGUGGUGGGUGCUGGGAGGCGGCUGGAGGGUCAAGAGGGGGAUGAGCACACGAAUGGACAGACAAACGGGUAUACGAACGGACAUGUGAAGGGGCACACAAACGGGAAUGGGAAAGGGGCGGCCCCGGUGCGGCCCGAAGGGAGGAGCUUCCACCACGGCCGCUUCAUCAUGCAGCUGCGCAAGGCAUGCCAGGCGCACCCUAACAUCAGUGUGUUCGAGACCGAGGUGACGGCGACCAUCCGCGGCGAGCAUACGGACGCGGUGCUGGGGGUGCAGACACGCACCAAGGACCCAGCAACGGGCGAGAAACGGCCCGACUGUUUCUUCGGCCAGCUCACCAUCAUCGCCGACGGCUACGCGUCCACCUUCCGCAAGGAGCUCCUCGGCACCACCCCCGUCGUGCGCAGCAAGUUCUACGCCCUCGAGCUGAUCGACUGCCCCUUCCCACCCGCCAACCAUGGCCACGUUGUGAUCGGGGACCAGUCCCUCUCGCUGCUGUACCAGAUCGGCACCCACGAGACCCGCGCGCUGAUCGACAUCCCAACCGACCACCCAGCCGCGACCCCGAAAGCCGGCGGCGCUCGCGGCUUCAUCCAAAACAUCGUCCUCCCUUCCCUCCCUCCCCACGUCCAACCCAGCGUCCGCGCCGCCCUAGCCGACGGCAAAAUCCCUCGCAGCAUGCCCAACUCCUGGCUACCGCCCACCAAACAAACCCGCAACACCGGCGUCCUCGUCCUCGGUGACGCCCACAACAUGCGGCACCCCCUCACUGGCGGGGGAAUGACCAUCGCCCUGAACGACGCCAUCCUCCUCGCACGCCUGCUCGCCCCGUCCCAGAUCCCGUCCCUGGCCGACCACGCCGCCAUCCGGACCGCCAUGGCCGCCUUUCACGCGCGUCGCAAAGACCUCACGGCUAUCGUCAACGUGCUCGCGCAGGCGCUGUACAGCCUGUUCGCGGCCGACGGCUGGCAGUUGCGGGCGCUUCAGCGUGGGUGUUUCCGGUACUUCCAGGACGGGUGGACCGAUGAGCCUGUGGCUAUGUUGGGAGGUGUGCUCCGGCGGCCGCUGACGCUAGCGAUACAUUUCUUUACUGUGGCGUUCCUGGCUAUUCGGCUCCAUAUUAUUGAUGUGUGUUUUGGUGGAGGGCCGUUUGGGGUAACGUCAGUGUUUGGGUUGUUGAAGCUGCCGUGGGCGUUGCUGCAGUCGGUCAUGAUUUUAUGGACGGCGUGUGUGGUGUUUUUGCCGGUGAUGGCUGCGGAGUUGAGGUGA